AUGAUUUUAAAAAAAUUCCAGUUUUUAAUUUUUUUUAUUUUUAUAACAAUCAUUAAUAUUAUAAAUUCCCAAGAUUUAGUUUUCAGAACAAAUUAUGGUGAAUGGAAUGAUCCAAAAAAUUGGAACCCACAAAGAAUUCCAACUUUAAAUGAUAUUUCUCAAGUUCCACCAUCCCUUACAGCUAUAAACUCUGCCACAAAAAUAUUAUCUAAUCAACUACAUGUUGGUGCCAACAAUGUCGUAUCAAACUCAUUUCUUUAUACAUUCUAUGGUAUCCAAUCUCAAUAUUUAGUUAUUUAUUUUGGUGCGUUUGUAUUUGUUGAUAUUCAAAACGAUCCAUCUCAAGAUAAUUUAUAUGCUAUGGACAUUGACUAUAUAGUUACAAAUGGUGAUAUACGAUUAAAUGGAAGUAUUUUCUAUGCACCCAAUACAUAUAUUCAAAGUGUUUAUGGUCUCGAUUUCAUUUAUAAUAGUUACUAUCAAAUAGAUGUAUUUGAAGGUGCACAAGCUUUGAUUUUUGCUCAAGGUAGUGAAGUUUCAAUUACCAUGUUAUAUUUCGAACAACAAUCAAAUUUUACCUCAUAUUCAAGCAACGUCUUAUUUAAUCCAAAAGGUUAUAUUGAGCUCCAUAGUGGUUCCCGUUUCGAAUUUCAUGACUCCACUUUCACAUGUUAUGGCUAUAUUACUCUAAUGGAUUAUGAUUCUUCAAUGUAUUUCCAAAAUACAAAGGUUAGAAUUUUAGAUAAUUCAACAAGUUUUAUAAUUCGUGAAAGUCAAUUAAUUAUUGAUGGCUGCCCAGAUGUUGUUUCCGAUAAAAAGUUUUUUACCUCUGGUGCACAAAAUACUCUUUUUGGUAUUUUAGAUUCAAAUGUUGUUUUUACCGAAAAGUCACAAUUCAAUAAUGCCUCCUCAUUUAUUGUUUUUAAUUCCGUUUUCCAAACUCAUCAAGGAUUUUAUUUCUACUCUAAUACAUCUGGUCUUUUCCAAGAUAGUUCCAUGCAAAUUUAUGGUGAUUUUGAAGGUUUUGACAAUACUUAUUUUGAAUUUAAAAAUAGUAAUGUUACCAUUUCAAAUAAACUAUAUAGCUCUGAUAAUAGAAUUCUUGGCUUAACCGAUCACAGUGUAUUGUUAUUUAACCAAAGUAAUGUUGUAUUAGAUUCAAACUUAUUAACAAUUGGUGAGAGUCUUCUUGUUGCUGUAGAUUCAAAAUUCGAUAUCUAUGAUAAUGGUCUCUUUUCUGGUAACUCUAUUGUCCAAUUGAAUGACACAGUUUUUGAUGUCCACGGUUUAUUUACCUGCCAAAAUUCCUCAACUUUUGUUUCCUUUGAUUCUAAAAUUACUGUAGAGGGUUCAACUUCAUUCUAUAACCAAUCAAUGUAUAGCUUUAACUAUGUUGAUUUUACCGUCAACGGUUAUUUCUAUGAUGAUACUCAUUCCGAAGAAAUUUUAAAUUCUUUCCAUCAUUCAAACUUAACCAUUAAGGGUGUUUAUGUAAAUAAUGGCGGUUUUUAUUUUAACUAUUCAAGCUUGGCAUGCAAUGGUCAAUUCCUUAAUAGUGGUGAAUUUAAUGCUAUCGAAUCUGAUAUUUCCCUUAGCAAAACUUUAACAAAUGAAGCUAAUAUCUUAAUGGAAAAUUCAACUCUUACAAUUACAAGUGGUUCAUUGGUUAUGAAGGGUGAGGCUAAUUUGACAUUGGUUAAUUCUAAUGUCGAGAUUUUAAAUGGCCAAGUUCUCUUAGAUACUACCGGAUCAGUAAUUAAUUUAUACAACUCAACUUUAAUCAAUAGAGAUGGUUCAUUGACAUUCAACGGUGAUAUUAUCGUUAAUAAAGAUGCAGCUUUAACAAACAAUGCCAAAAUUGUUUUAACCUCAAAUGUUCUUUUAAAUAAUGAAAACGGUACCGAAACAUUUAAAAACACUGGUGAACUUAAUAUCGAAAAUCCACUCCAGUCCAUUAGAGAUAGUAACGCUACAAGUAUUUUGGUUCAUUUAGUAAAUGAAAAUGGUUCAAUUAAAAUUGCUAGAGAAACCAUCAUGUUAAACUUAGACCAAAAUAACAGUACUCUUCAAAUGAAACUCGAUAAUCUCACUCUUUCAAUUCAAAACAACUUAAACUCUGUUAAAGAUUCAAUUUCAUUUACUGUUGGUGAAAAUAGAUCAUCAUUAAUUAACGUAAAUAAAGAAGCCAACAUCGAAAACUCCACCCUUAUCAUCAGAGUCCCAUCCAAUCUUAGCAACGAACCAAAGAAUACUACCUUGAUCACCUAUAGCAAAUUAAGCGGUUCAGGUUUCAGCAAUGUACAAUUCAAAUCAUAUGACCCAGUAACUGGCGAAGAAAAAGAUUUAGAUAACUGUAAACAUUCAGUUCAAGUAUCUCAAUCAUCAAUGGGUUUACUCUUAAAUAGUGGUGACAGCUGUAGCAAAAAAAGUGCUUCCAUUCCAACCGGCGGUAUUAUCGGUAUUGUUUGUGGUGUAGUUGCUCUUGCUGCUGUAGUCGGUGUUGUUAUUCAUUUUAGAAACAAAUUACCAAAAUCAAUGAGAUUAAAAUAUAGAUUAAAAGAAUUAUCUAAAACCCAAACAGAAUCUGCAACUCAAGGCAACUAA